CGUCCCAAGAAGGAAGCCAUUAUUGCUCCGUUCACCUGCUGCUGCCUCUCUUGUGUCACGCACGCGGCCUCUCCCUCCCCCGCUCCCAGCCUGCAACCUUGGGUUCACCAGCACAAGCACAACCGGAGAGAAGCGGGGUUUCGCCUCCAAAAUCUCUCGGCCAUUAAAAGAAGUUCUUGAGGUCAAUGUGACCCCGUUUCCAUCUUUGAAGGUUUCGUGGAGAGGAUGGGUUUUGCGCGGGGAAUGUGCUGGAUGGAUUCCCGAGGUCUCUGUUGAAUCCAGUUUCUUGGAGAUUUGGGAGGUUUGAUUUCGUCCGAGCUCAGGACGCCCAAGCCGCUGUGCUUGUGUCCCGGGGAGAUUAUUUGGAGCGGCGGAAGGUGGUGCGACAUGGCUGCUGUAUGUGAAAUCUGUGGAGAUGUUGGUUAUGGACAUCUUUUGCUAUCUUGCGAUCACUGCAAGUGUGCCAUGCACCAAUACUGUUUGGCCAAGGUUCUUUUUGAUGGAUCAUUAGUAGAACGCUGGUUCUGUGAUGAAUGCCUGCCAAAGCGUGGUGAAGUUACUUAUGAGGGAUUUUUGCAGAAGGCGCCAAAACAUGCUCGGUCUGGUUCUGUAGUACGCCGGGCAAGUACCUUAAGUGUGAGGUCAACCAGGGAAGCAGGGCCAUGUAGAAACCAUAAUAGUAAGUCAGAGAAGUCUAAAUGUAAAUCUCGAAGAAAGAAAUGUUCGUCAAGCAAGAAUUCUUUGCUAAGGAAGCACAAACAAAAGGGGUCAGAUAUGCAACCAAUGGGUAACAAGACCAUUACACGAGAUUGCAAUGCUCCCAAUAUUUCUUGUGAUAGUGAGAAGGAACUUCAUUCCUGUGAAGUCAUGACCAUUGAAACAUCCAAGGCCGGCAAAGCGGAGAAUCAGCAGAUUGACCAUGGACAUUGUGUUCAUACAUUAAACAAUGACUGUGUUGCAAAUUGCUUGCGAGCAAGGGUAAAACAAAUCAAUCUCCAAAACCCAUUGGAUGAAUUUGAACCUCCUCUAGGUGAUGCAAGACAAUUGGACCCCUCAAAGGACAAUGACUGCCUGUCGCCAGGGAACGUUGAAAUUGAAAAUCUAAAGGGUCAUGUUACACCAGUCGUAGCACGGGGAAAUCAGCGUGUACCCAAUAUUUCUUGUGAUAGUGGGAAGGCACUUCAUUCCUGUGAAGUCAUGACCAUUGAAACAUCCAAGGUAGGCAAAGAGGAGAAUCAGCAGAUUGACCAUGGACAUUGUGUUCAUACAUUAAACAAUGAUUGUGUUGCAAAUUGUUUGCCAGCAAGGGUAAAACAAAUCAAUCUCCAAAACCCAUUGGAUGAAUUUGAACCUCCUCUAGGUGAUGCAAGGCAAUUGAACCCCUCAAAGGACAGUGACUGCCUGUCGCCAGGGAAUGUUGAAAUUGAAAAUCCAAUGGGUCAUGUUACACCAGUCGUAGCACGGGGAAAUCAGAGUGUACCAUCAACACUACUGGAUAGGGUGGAUUCAGGUUCCUUCCCAGGAACCAAUUUGAAAGAAAUCGUUCUUCUGGAGGACAGUGAUACAUCAGCGGAACAUAUUUAUACCGUGGAGAAUUGUGUUAAGGACAAUCAAGGGAAGCAAAUACAGCUCAUUGUACUGGACGAUGAUGAAGAAGAGGCUGAGGAUGUGCAGUCAGAAGAUUAUAAUCAUCGGUCGCUUGAGUGUGAUGGAUCACUGAGCAAGCGUAGAAUAGGAAUGGAAGAUUGUGCCGAACAAGCUGUACAGACUGGUGAUUUGAAUGGUCAAAAUCUCAAUGCUGUACACCUAGAUAUUUUGAUUCCAAAAUCUUGUGAGAUUACUCAGCCUGUGAAGAAACGGAGGAGAAAUAUAGAGGCGAAUGAAGAUAACAAAGAUGAAGAGGUUUUAAUAGGUACCAGUAAUCGUAAAUGUGCUCUUGAUGAUGCUUCAAAGUUGACAUCAGAAACUUUAGUUGCAACGGAUCCUGUUCUCGUGUCCAGAAUGGCAUUUGAUUCAGAGUUUGCCAAUCAGCAAUGUUCUAUGUACUCACAACCCACUGAUGAACCUAUCUGGAGUGGAAUACUUAAGAUAAACAACGAAGUAUAUAUCUCGUUGACUGCACACCUGUCGACAACAGCUUGUGUGUUCGUGCGGGAAUUGUCAAGGUCGUUGCAACCAGUAGUUAAAGUAAUCAAGCUCCCUCAGUUGGAAGCCUGGCCACAGAGUUGGAGGACUUCAAGACCUACUGACGGCGACAUUGCAUUGUAUUUCUUCCCGCCCAGUGCGAGCCCAAAUGAAGAAUCGGAUGGUCCAGUGGAGGAAAUCAUUGAUAGUGGUGCUGUCUUACAAGCUGUUAUUGGUGUCGCUGAGCUGCUAAUCUUCCCCUCCACAAUGUUGCCAGCGCAAUAUCAUUUGUGCCAGGGCAAACGCUACCUGUGGGGGAUGUUCAAGCAUAGGGAAGAUGAGUCCGACAAAGAUCAUCCAGUUGAAGAACAAGAUGGUUCAGCAUGUGCCAAAGAAGGGGAGAUACAAGAACACAUUUUUAUGGACCGGCAAUAUGAAGUACAAUGUGAGUCACCAGAUCAUGAAACUUCCGCUGUGAAGCAUGUCGUGCAUGUGGAGAAUCAAUUGCUGGUGGAGCAGAACUGUGGAGGGCAAGAGGCGACCAUGAGUGCUACGAUGGGCCUUCACUCACCUGGCAACAAUUCGUCAUCCGCAGAGCCGAACCCACCAAAGGCUAGAUCAAACUGUUUCACACAACCAAGAGCUGACAGUAAACCAGAUGUGCCUGAAGAAGUGGACCACCAAGAUGAGCAAAACUUCACCAAGCCAUCAGCUGACUCUGCGGGACCUGCUGCAGCCACUCCCAGUUCAAUCGAUUCUGCCGAGUGUGGGGCAGCGCCUCCCGUGACCCAAUUGUUUGGGUUUUUCACGGCUCGGACACCCAGAGCGCAGAAGCUCAUCCAGGAGAUGGUCAGCGAAGGUGCGCUGUUAUUCUCGGUGGCUGAAGAGAUUGCGACCGGCGGAUCUGCAGUAGGCAGUAAUACUGGAGCACAAGUACAUCUGGCACCUGACAGUGCGUCUCCGCCUAUGCAGGAGCGCUGCCAGCCCAUCGGAUUCGUUCCAUUGGAUGAUGAUGUGGCUUCUGAAGCCUGCCUGGAACUGUUCCCAGUUCGGCAGGAGCAUAUUGGAUGGACUCCUAGGGUAGAAACUAGCAAGGAGGUAGAUCUUGACCUGAGCCUUAGUGCGCGUUCCCGAGCAUCGUCUGGGUCAAUCCUGUAAUAUUUGCUGCCGAGGCUCCUUACGAACCUGGCCGAGUACAAUUUUGCUGGAAUUGCAAUGGAUUGUCGUC